AUGACAGAAAGGUUGACCUUCAUUGGAAACUUUGCAGAAAACAACGGAUCAAUUCAGCUGAAGGAAAUUAGCUUGACGGAUGAAGGAGUUUACAGUUGCAUCUUUACCUUGUUUUCAGCUGGCAGUUACGAGACAAUGAUCAGUCUCACUGUACUAGUUUGUCCUGAGGUAAAGAUGUCUGAAGUCACACCUUUAGUUGGAGAGUCUGAGGAAGUCAUGGCAACCUGUACUGCUGCUGGUGCCCGACCUCCAGCAAACAUCUCUUGGCAUUUGGGUUCCUUUAGUGACUCAAUGAAAACAAUGACAAACUCAACAGCCCAUUUGAAUGGAACCUACACAAACACUAGUCAUCUUAUUGGCGUUCCCUCUAGACAUGCCAAUCAACAGCAGGUCCAAUGUGUGGUCAACCACGUGACAAGAAAUCAGAUCCUCAACUACACCAUAAAUGUCCACUGUGCACAGGGAGACAGACUGAUUCUUCUCAGCCAGAGUCCAGAUCUGAAUGGUCUGUAUAUCUGUAAGGCCUCAAACCAGUAUGGAGAAGCAUCAGGUUCAAUUUAUGUGUUUAUGACCUCGGAGACCCCCAAAAUUGCAGUCAUCUGUCUUGUGCUCCUCAGCCUCGUCAUAGUCAUUGGUUUACUAUGUUGGAUAAAAUCUAAAAAGUAUCCUGGGUAA